CAACAUCCUUAGUUAAUUUUGAUUUAUUUAUUUUAUUAUUAAAAUAUUAUUUAUAUUUUAAAAUAAUAUAUACUGCGACUUAUACAUCAAAAAUGUUACCAAUCAAAUAAUAUUAAUAAAAUAAUAACUCACAUUUUUACUGCGAACUCACCACAUAAAUCUACAGUUUCUACCACAUAGUUUUUACUACAAGUUACAUCAAAUCGUACAUUUUAUUGUAACUCAACUCUAAUACUAUGUGUCACCAGUCGAAGCCGUAGAUUAAUGUUGACAAUAACACACGUUUAGAGGUUUAAGAAACUAGGUUGCAUUGAUACAAAUGAAAAACUUGAUAUACUGGAAAGUUCUGAUGAUGGAAUGAAGCGUUGGAAAAUACAUUUUUUUUGUAAAAAAAAAAGCAUGUUAUGUUUUUUUUUUUUGCUAAAAUAUUUUCUAUUAACAUUAAAUAAACAAUUUAUGUUAAAUACUUCAUCAAAAACGUGUUUUCUGAUUAAGAUUAUGAUUUUAUCUAAAAAUGUUUUUAUUAUUGGUCUCCAAUCAAUAUUAUACUCACUAUGUUCCUUAAAGUUAUAUAUUCUAGAUUUUUCACACAUCUUAAUAAAACACGUUAAAUUUGCAUGGUUUUUUGUGUUUAUUUUUUUUUAUAAUUUUAAGCCAAUAAAAAUUUAACUAGUGCAAUUAAGUUUUUUAAAUUUUGCAAUUAAUUAAUAAAAUAUGCAUUGAAAAUAUAAAAUAUGGAUCUUUUUGAAACAAAUUUUUUCUACUAGAAUAUGUAAUUUUAAGGAGCGGAUGGAGUAUAUGCUUAAUAAGAUUUUAACAAAUUGUUUUUUGAGUGGUAGAGUUCUAUGUUUUCUAUAUUGUGUUUGCUUUGAAUCUGAAUAUCUCAUAUUUCAUUGCUAAUAUCAUGUAUAAUCAUUAGAUAAAACUCAAACAAGAUUCAUUCAUCUAAGAUAAUUUUAUUAAAUUAGUUUUACAAUUAAUUUAAAUUUUUGAUUAAUGGACUCAGUAUUUUAUGAAUCUAAAUUGACCAAGCCAAUUUGAAUUGGACAUGUAAUCCAAACUUUCUAAAUAUAUCUCUUUCCAAUUUUUGUUAAAAGUCAACUUUUAUCUCCCAGUUUAAAAUUUCUCCAAAGGUAAUGAGAAAUUGUUAGAAAUAUCACAAGUUAAGUAUUAUUUUCAAAAAUACCACAAAUAAAAAAAUAUACUCACAUUUGGAUUUAUGCUUUAGUGAUUAUUGUUUAAGGUUUAGUAUUAAGGAGUUGGGAUUGAGUUUAUAAAUAUUCUAUAAAUAUUUUAAAAAAUUAGCUUAGUGUUAUUUUAUCACAAAUUUAAUGUAUUUGUGAAAAUAAUCAUUCCUUAAUGGUAAAUUUGAAAAGUGGUAUCAAAUUUGUGGUAAAAUUGAAAUUUUCCAGUUAUCUUCUAUCUAGUCUAACUUUCUCAUUUGACUUGGCAUUUUCUAAACCCAACAAAACAAAAACCCAACUGAAUAUGCAUUAACAUUAUUUUUUGUCGUUUUGAUUAACAAAAGCAAGGACCUCUCAGUGUCAACUCCAGUGGCUCAUGCUCUCUUGGAAUUUUCUCUAACUGUUUACAUCCCAGCUUAACGUUAGCCACGCCCACGCAUGGCUCCUCACAAACUCAUCAACGUGUCCUUCGUGUAGACACAACUUCCUCCUCGGCCAUUAACUGGUAUUCUUUGAAGAGGCAAAUCAUCAUCGGAAACUUGGCCAAUAAAUUCUUCUUCCUUGGCAAAUUUUUGUGUUAUCCGCUUCGAGAAGAAACAAAUUACUUGAGGCAUGACGAAAUUGAAUUAAUUUAUGAAGGCUUUUGAAAUAUCUCAAGUGAUGAUAGUGUUGAAUCCUAAAUCCGGUGAUGGAAGUUUAGAAUACAGUAAUCAGAUAUUAAAUGAGAUUAAAUGGAGCCAAAAUUUUUGUUUAAUGAAGUGUAAGCAAAAAACCGAAAUGAAAUACAAAGAAGGAACUCGUCAUCCUAAGACUAACUCGUCGUCAAAGCUAUUUUUCUCUCUAUUCUCACUCUAGUUUCUUCUGGUAUUUUUCAGUGUCUUUCUCUUAACUUUGAACUUUCUUUUAUAGACACGGCGUGAGGAGUUGUUGGCUCGUCAUCAUUGCUUCCUGACUUGCCACCGUGUUCGACGGAGUUGUUGGUGGCUAGGUUCGACGCCGUAAUAGGAAUUUCGACCUGACAUUCGACGGCGUGUGUCAGGUUGUCUGGCGAGUUGGUGAGUCAGUUGUCUUGAAGUGACCGAGCUUGUUAUGGGCCACGCUUCUUUCUUGGGCUUUGUCUUCGUGGUUGGACCGAGUGAACUCCCGGGCCGUAAUGCUAAUCAGGGCCCAUAUCCAACAGAUGGGCUUAAUUGAGUUAACGUGAAGCCUGUAUUCUUGUCAUAUUCUUGUCAUCACUCCGCCCAUUUCCUUUUUCAAUCUAACUCAUAUAUAUUACGGACUUACCAGAUGAAACAAUUCUGAAAUUUUUAAAACAAUAAUGGCAUAAUGCAAGAGUCAAGACAUGAGGACCACAGACAGAUACAUUGAACACUAAAGGACUGAUUGUCAGGGACAGGUUCAGUGGCUAUGGCCUUGAUAUGGGUUCCUUGUCUCCUGUUGUCUGUUCCGGACAACUUGUUAUGUUCCAAAUCCUCGCCAUCCUAACUAUUUCUUUAUAUAUAACGCCUUGUAUCUAAAUAUGAGUGUAAGAUAUGAUGAAGGUGGUGAAAUGCAAGAAGGUCAAGCACCAUGAUCGUAGGGGACGAAAGGGGAAACCGAGGUUUCUUGAAACUUGUAUGCGAAGAAACCUAGGGAUUCUUCGUAGGACAAUACCAGGUUGUGAAGAAGUAGAAGAGGAGGAAGCCUUGAUCCUCAAGUCAAUUCAGCAUGUCAUGCUUCUCAAAUCUCAUGUUACUUUACUUAGAAAGCUAGCUGAUGUUUGUGGAGCCUAACGAACGCAUCGAGGGCUUAAAAUCUGGAUCGUCCAUCUUCAGACUCUUAUCCAUCUUCUACUUUCACAAUAUUCUUCAUUAAUUAAACACUAACCAAAACAACUUGAAGAAAGAAUCACGUAUAAACAAAACGAUAUCUGGUUACUUACAGAACAAGAAACAGGACUUGAGUCGCCUUGAAACUUGGCGAUCGAUGUCUCUACGGGGACAAUGGAACGGUCGUAAUGGUCAGGCUGAAGCGAUUGAACCGCAAAAUUACACCAUUCUCGAGAUAGAAAGUCCAUACUGUCUGGAUGUGCCUCCGAAGGCGAUGGAUUAUUGCUCAACUGAAGAUGAUGAUCUGUUGAUGUUAAUGCUAGUUCCAUAGUGUUUAUUUUAGUUCAAAGAUUGUGACUUUGAGAAUGUUGAUUGAUCAAAUAUUUAUGUUAUUUGCUUAUUGCUAUGAAAGAAGGAAAUUAUUAGUUAGUUUAAUUUUUUUGUUUGA